ACAUGGCUGCCGUGGAAGGAUGGUUUAUCGACGCCGACAAAGUCACCGUACCACACUUAGACAGACUACUAGAACUCGAUCCAUAUCUUGUACAGCACCAGAAAGAAAUCAAGAGGAGAUAUGGAUGUUUUUCUGAAGUUCUUAAAAACAUAGAGGAAAAACAUGGAGGCUUGGAUAAAUUCACAAGGAGCUAUGAGCAUUAUGGGAUGCACAGAAUGCCCAAUGGUGGAGUCUAUUGUAAGGAAUGGGCACCAUCGGCUGAAUCCAUGUAUUUAAAGGGAGAAUUCAACAAUUGGGACCACAAAAAGCAUCCAUUCAAGAAAGGAGAGUUUGGUACCUGGGAGUUAACUAUACCCCCUAAUGCUGAUGGUUCGAGCCCUGUACCCCAUAACUCUGUCACCAAGCUUGCCAUAGAGACAAAAUCGGCAGAAUUGGUUGAAAGAUUGUCGCCAUGGGCACCAUAUGUAACACAGGCUGAUACUAUGAUAUACGAAGGUCGAUUCUGGGAUCCUCCAGCUGAUAAAAAGUACCAGUUUAAACACCCACGUCCAGCUACCCCACCCAAUCUUCGUAUUUAUGAGUCACAUGUUGGUAUCUCGUCUUGGGAAGGCAAGAUUGCUAGUUACCAACAUUUUUCGCAUAAUGUACUACCAAGGAUUAAGAAACAAGGUUACAAUUGUAUUCAGAUGAUGGCUGUUAUGGAGCAUGCAUUCUAUGCUAGCUUUGGUUACCAGGUAACCAGUUUCUUUGCUGCAUCCAGUCGCUUUGGCAACCCAGAAGAGUUGAAGCAGCUGAUUGACAACGCUCAUAGUAUGGGCAUAGUGGUCUUACUAGAUGUCGUACACAGUCACGCAUGUAAGAAUGUUGCUGAUGGAUUGAACGAGUUUGAUGGAUCGCAGUCUCAUUACUUUCAUGAUGGACCCCGUGGUUUCCACAAUCUAUGGGACAGCAGACUUUUCAAUUAUAAUAACUGGGAGACGUUGCGCUUUCUACUCUCUAAUUUACGUUGGUGGAUGGAGGAAUAUCAAUUUGACGGUUAUCGCUUUGACGGCGUUACGUCAAUGUUGUACCAUCAUCAUGGGUUGGGUGUCGGCUUUAGUGGAGAUUACAACGAAUAUUUUGACUUGUCCACAGAUACCGAAUCACUGACUUAUCUUAUGCUAGGCAAUUAUAUGCUACAUAAAUUUUAUCCCUACUGCGUUACUAUAUCUGAGGAUGUCUCUGGAAUGCCUGGAUUAUGUAGACCGGUAGAAGAAGGUGGCGGAGGAUUUGAUUACAGAUUAGCAAUGGCAAUUCCUGAUAAAUGGAUUAAGCUCUUAAAAGAAUUCAGUGAUGACCAAUGGAACUUGGGUAAUAUCGUACACACAUUGACAAACCGACGCCAUGGUGAAAAGACUGUUGCUUAUGCCGAGUCACAUGACCAAGCGCUGGUUGGUGACAAGACAUUAGCAUUCUGGUUAAUGGACAAGGAAAUGUACACUCACAUGUCAACGUUGGCGCCGACAAGUAUGAUUAUAGAUCGUGGCAUUGCAUUGCAUAAGAUGAUACGAUUGAUAACUCAUGCGCUUGGUGGGGAAGCAUGGCUCAAUUUUAUAGGGAAUGAGUUUGGUCAUCCUGAGUGGUUGGAUUUCCCCCGUCCUGGUAACAACAACAGCUAUCACUAUGCCAGGAGGCAGUGGAAUGUCCUCGAUGAUGACAACCUGAAAUACAAAUAUCUGAAUAAUUUUGACAGAGCAAUGAAUGAACUAGAAGAUAAAUACCAAUGGUUGUCAAGUGCACAGGCCUAUGUCAGUACGAAACAUGAAUCAGAUAAAGUAAUUGUAUUUGAAAGAGCAGGCUUGUUAUUUGCUUUCAAUUUCCACCCUACUCAGAGCUAUUCUGAUUACCGUGUUGGUGUGCACACACCAGGAAAAUAUAAAAUAGUUUUAGACAGUGAUUCAGAAGAAUUUGGUGGCCAUAAACUAAUUGACCAUAAUACAGAUCACUUCACGUUCAAUGAACAGUGGAAUAACAGACAACAUUCACUAUUGAUAUACAUACCAUCACGAGUGGCAGUAGUGUUUGCUAAAGUGGAAUGAUACCUAUUAAUUCAUCUGUUAAAUCAUUGAUGUGCUACCUGCAGUGCUGUGGUCUUCGUACCGCUCCAUUUUUUACUUCCAUGUGUGAAUUAGCACACAGAGGGAGUCUUUGUGGUUACCAUGUCUGUGUGUAUGUGUGUCUUGACUGACUAUUCGUCAGUUUUGAAUGAAAGAUAUCCUGGGAUAAUUCAAAAACCUAAUUAGUUUUUUGCUUGAAAUUCUUUAAUGUUAAUUAUUUUGUGCCAUGAAUAAAUUAUUGUGAUGAUACCCUGUUUUAAUUUAUGCGAGCCAUGAUUAGAUUGCUCUGAGUUACUCUACAGUGUCAUGAUAAGUUACAGCUUGAACUCUGUGUAUAUUAAUCACCUAAUUAGAAUAGUGAUCUGCCAAUGUUCCCUCAGAUACAAAAUCAAAUGUAUUUCUUUUGCUGUACUGUAUUUAAAGAGUUUUGUUAUAUUAUCAGUUUUGAUACAGUGGAUCAGAUCAGUGUACAUCUCAAACCACAAGCUUCUUGUUAGGUUUUAAUAACAUUUCCUUUAUCUACUUCAUGCUUUCUGCCAUAACCUCCAGCACACAAGGGUUCCUUCAAAUUCAAUUCUUUUGUUUAUUGUAGCCUGAUUCAAGAUUGAUGUUAGAUGUGUUGAGGUAUAAUUUGUGAUAAAACCAUUUACAAUGUUUUCUGCAUGUAUUGUAAGUUGCCAUGGUAAGAGAACAACAAGGUUAACAUUCACUAUUUUAGUAUUACUGUGACUGGUGUAAUAAUGUUUUAUACACUAAAACAGCAAAAUUGCCAGCCAACUUUUUUUUACUGUUUUUUUGUGCAUCAUUACUUGAUUGAAUUAGUUGGGUGAAAUCAACAUCAAAAGAUCCCUAUAGGGACAUAUCAAUCAAUGUUUCCACUGUUCAUACUGUCAUCUAAAUUUUUUUGAAAGCAUUUUGAAGUAAAUUGGGCCCUAAACCUACAUGUAAUGCAGUUGUUAUGGUAAUCGCAAGUACCUGUAUAUGUAUAGGAUCAAGUGUUAAAUAUUUUGCCUUUCAGCGAGCAUUACGGUAUGUUUUUUUUCUGUUGGCAGCAAAAAUCCUGUUUCGAAUUCUGCUUCAGGUGCACCUUAAAUACAACUUCUGCUUCUGGUUCUUUUGGACACUGCGACAACGUGAAUUCAAGGAUAAUCCAAUGAAUUAUGAAACAAAGAACCUAAUGGCUUUACCAGAAAGAAAUCUUAAUUCGGUUGUGACUUGAUAGUGCUGAAAACUCAAUCACAACGAAUUUACGGAAACUCUUGGCAAGACUCUCUAAGCAUUUCAUGCGCAUUUUGUACAUGUUAAUAUGUUAUUUAUUCAGACCCAUUUUAUUCUUGAGAAUCUUUGCCGACCCACACGUUGCUGCCUGAUACAUGUUUAUUUUGGUACUGUUACAAAUAAUGUUCCUACAUUUGUGCACAUGAUAUUGAUUGAGAUUUCAUAAUCACAAAUUUGCAGAUUACUAUUUAUUAAUUUCGCGAGAGGAGCAAAUAAGGACUGUUUUUUUUUUUACAUUUGCAUAUUAAGUGGACCAAUAUUUGAACUGGAUAAAAAAAGCCUAAUGCUAUAAACUGAUAGUUUUACAGGCUGUAAUGUUAAAUAAUAGAGAUUGCAUAGUUGAGUAAAUGUUGCAUAUUAUACACUUAGGAUAAAAAAGCAUGUCUAUGCCCUCAAGUAGUUGGAACUAGCUACUACUUUUGUUUAUAUGGACCAUUCUUAUAAAUUGUUACAUAUACCUGCGUCUCUGUAAUUUGUAUGCGAUAGCUGCUGUGCAGAUCUAGACAUUGCAGUUUACAAAUAAAAUAUAUCUUGCUGAAAAAA